GGGGGGAGCAGCAGAAGAAAUCAGAAUAAUAAAAGGAGGCUGGGCUCUUUUGCAUUCAGGACCCGGGCGCUCUUGAAAAGGCUUUUGAAAAGUGGUGUUGUUUUCCAGUCGUGCAUGCUCCAAUCGGCGGAGUAUAUCAGAGCCGGGACGCGGCCACCGCAGCAGCAGCCUUCAGUGUCUCCCCGACCGGCAGGACAGGCUACGGGAAGGCGAUGCUUUUACCGAGGACGCGCACCCGGAUUGAGUCCUCUCUGAGCCUGAUCAUUGCUUUAUUAUGCUUGCGGGUCAAGGUGUAUUUAGCCGCCGGACAGUUCGAAUUGGAGAUCUUAUCCAUGCAAAACCUGAACGGGGAAUUGCAGAACGGGAAUUGCUGCGAUGGCUCCCGCAAUCCAGGGGAUAGGAAAUGCACCAGAGACGAAUGUGACACCUACUUUAAAGUUUGCUUGAAGGAGUAUCAGUCCCGGGUUACCGCCGGGGGUUCUUGCAGUUUCGGAUCCGGAUCUACGCCUGUCAUCGGAGGGAAUACAUUUAAUUUGAAAUUGAGCCGGAGUAGCGAAAGAUACCGGAUUGUGCUCCCUUUCAGUUUCGCCUGGCCGAGAUCCUACACUUUGCUUGUGGAGGCUUGGGAUUACAGUAAUGACACCAGCAAUCCAGACAGCAUCAUUGAGAAAGCAUCUCACUCUGGCAUGAUCAAUCCCAGCCGUCAGUGGCAGACGCUGAAGCAGAACACGGGCAUUGCCCACUUUGAGUACCAGAUUCGAGUGACUUGCGACGAACACUACUAUGGCUUCGGUUGUAACAAAUUUUGUCGUCCAAGAGAUGACUUCUUUGGACACUAUGCCUGUGAUCAAAAUGGCAACAAAACAUGCAUGGAAGGCUGGAUGGGGCCUGAAUGCAAUAAAGCUAUUUGUCGGCAGGGCUGUAGUCCCAAGCAUGGUUCCUGCAAAAGCCCAGGAGAGUGCAGGUGUCAGUAUGGAUGGCAAGGCCAAUACUGCGAUAAGUGCAUUCCGCACCCAGGAUGUGUCCAUGGCACUUGCAAUGAACCAUGGCAAUGCCUCUGUGAAACCAACUGGGGUGGUCAACUCUGUGACAAAGAUCUCAACUACUGUGGGACUCAUCAGCCUUGUCUGAAUGGGGGAACCUGCAGCAACACUGGUCCUGACAAAUACCAGUGUUCCUGCCCCGAGGGAUACUCAGGAUCCAAGUGUGAAAUUGCGGAACACGCUUGUCUUUCUGAUCCCUGUCACAAUGGAGGAAGCUGCCUCGAGACAUCCAUGGGAUUUGAAUGUGGCUGCCCUCCGGGAUGGAGUGGACCAACCUGCACCUUGAACAUUGACGAUUGCUCCCCAAAUCACUGUGGGCAUGGAGGAACCUGCCAGGAUCUGGUGAAUGGAUUUAAAUGUAUUUGUCCCCCUCAGUGGACUGGCAAAACAUGCCAGCUAGAUGCGAAUGAAUGUGAGGCUAAGCCUUGCGUAAAUGCCAACUCCUGUAGGAACUUGAUUGGAAGCUACUAUUGUGACUGCGUUCCUGGCUGGAUGGGCCAGAAUUGUGAUAUAAAUAUAAAUGACUGUCUUGGGCAGUGUCAGAAUGGUGCUUCCUGUCGGGAUUUGGUUAAUGGUUAUCGCUGUAUCUGUCCACCUGGCUAUGCAGGAGAUCACUGUGAGAAAGACAUCAAUGAAUGCGCGAGCAACCCUUGCUUGAAUGAGGGUCACUGCCAUGAUGAAAUCAAUGGAUUCCAAUGUCUGUGUCCUGCUGGUUUCUCGGGAAACCUCUGUCAGUUGGACAUAGAUUAUUGUCAACCCAAUCCCUGUCAGAAUGGAGCCCGGUGCUUUAAUCACGCUAGCGAUUACUUCUGCAAGUGCCCUGAUGACUACGAAGGAAAGAACUGUUCGCACUUGAAAGAUCAUUGUCGGACGACACCUUGUGAGGUAAUUGACAGUUGUACAGUUGCUAUGGCAUCUAAUGACACGCCAGAAGGGGUGCGAUAUAUUUCUUCAAAUGUUUGCGGUCCCCAUGGAAAGUGUAAAAGUCAAACGGGAGGCAAAUUCACCUGUGAAUGUAACAAAGGCUUCACUGGAACCUACUGCCAUGAAAAUAUUAAUGAUUGUGAAAGCAAUCCCUGUAAAAAUGGUGGCACUUGCAUCGAUGGAGUCAAUUCUUAUACAUGUAUCUGCAGUGAUGGAUGGGAGGGGUCAUACUGUGAAACCAAUAUUAAUGACUGCAGUAAAAACCCUUGCCACAAUGGAGGUACGUGCCGAGACUUGGUCAACGACUUUUACUGUGAAUGUAAGAAUGGGUGGAAAGGAAAGACCUGCCACUCCCGAGAUAGCCAGUGCGACGAGGCGACCUGCAAUAACGGAGGAACUUGCUAUGACGAAGUGGAUUCCUUCAGAUGCAUGUGUUCGGCUGGCUGGGAGGGAACCACUUGCAACAUAGCAAGGAACAGUAGCUGCUUGCCUAACCCCUGUCACAACGGGGGCACCUGUGUGGUCAAUGGCGAUUCUUUUACUUGUGUCUGCAAAGAAGGCUGGGAAGGACCGACCUGCACUCAGAAUACUAAUGACUGCAGUCCUCAUCCUUGUUACAAUAGUGGCACUUGUGUGGAUGGAGACAACUGGUAUCGAUGUGAAUGUGCCCCUGGCUUUGCUGGCCCGGACUGCAGGAUAAAUAUCAAUGAAUGUCAGUCUUCACCGUGUGCUUUUGGAGCAACUUGUGUGGACGAAAUCAACGGCUAUCGGUGUAUCUGCCCUCCUGGUCACAGCGGUCCGAAAUGCCAAGAAGUAACAGGGAGACCAUGCUUAACCGCUGGAAAAGUGAUGCCAGAUGGGGCAAAAUGGGAUGAGGAUUGCAAUGCCUGUCAGUGUUUGAAUGGAAAAGUUGCCUGCUCCAAGGUCUGGUGUGGCCCAAGGCCUUGUCUGGUCCGUAGCAUAGGUCAGAGCGAGUGCCCUGUUGGAUCAAGCUGUAUUCCCAUCAAGGAUGCCCAGUGCUUUGUCCGGCCCUGCACCGGCGUGGGUGAAUGUCGAUCUUCCAAUCCUCAACCAGUGAAGACCAAAUGUAAUUCCGACUCAUAUUACCAGGACAACUGUGCUAACAUCACAUUCACCUUCAACAAAGAGAUGAUGUCACCAGGCCUUUCCACAGAGCACAUUUGCAGUGAACUGAGGAAUUUGAAUAUUUUAAAGAAUGUUUCUGCUGAAUAUUCCAUAUACAUCUCCUGCGAGCCUUCACGUUCAGCAAACAAUGAAAUCCACGUGGCCAUUUCUGCCGAAGACACCGGGGAAGAUGGGAACCCAGUCAAAGACAUCACAGAUAAAAUUAUCGACCUCGUAAGCAAAAGGGAUGGAAACAACACUCUCAUUGCUGCAGUGGCAGAAGUCCGAGUGCAGAGACGACCGAUGAAGAGUAAAACCGAUUUCCUGGUACCAUUACUGAGCUCCGUUUUAACCGUGGCUUGGGUCUGCUGCUUGGUGACCGCCUUUUACUGGUGCAUCCGGAAACGCCGAAAGCAGAGCAGCCACACCCGCUCGGCCUCGGAAGACAACACCACCAACAACGUGCGGGAGCAGCUGAACCAGAUCAAAAACCCCAUCGAGAAGCACGGCGCCAACGCCGUCCCCAUCAAAGAUUACGAGAACAAAAAUUCCAAAAUUGCCAAAAUAAGGACACACAACUCCGAAGUCGAGGAGGACGAUAUGGACAAGCACCAGCAGAAGGCCCGAUUCGCUAAGCAGCCGGCGUACACGCUGGUAGACAGAGAUGAAAAGCCCCCCAACGGCACGCCCCCCAAACACCCCCAUUGGACAAAUAAACAGGACAACAGAGACUUAGAAAGUGCCCAGAGCCUCAAUCGAAUGGAAUACAUUGUAUAGCAGACGGCGGGGGCUGCCGGUCAGAGCCCUCUUUGAAUAUCAUUCAAAUAAGGCA